CAGAUUCUGCAAAGCGUCCUAAGCUGACGUCAGCCCGGUACCAAUGAACAACCGGUAGCGCCACAGAGCUGUGGGGUGGCCCGUUGCUCCAGCUUUGUCCGCUAAUCCCCCUGUUUAAAGUGCACAUCAUCAUGCCUUUCGAUGUUAGGAGAUUCGAUAUCUACAGGAAAGUGCCAAAGGAUCUCACCCAGCCAACGUACACAGGAGCCUUCAUUUCCAUCCUCUGCUGCGUCUUCAUCCUCUUCCUGUUCCUGUCGGAGCUGACGGGAUUCAUAGCCACCGAAACCGUAAAUGAGCUUUACGUGGAUGAUCCCGAUAAAGACAGUGGUGGGAAGAUAGAAGUGAGUUUAAACAUCAGUUUGCCAAACUUACACUGUGAUUUGGUGGGUUUGGACAUCCAGGAUGAGAUGGGCCGCCACGAGGUGGGUCACAUAGACAACUCCAUGAAGGUUCCGCUCAACGACGGGGGCGGCUGUCGAUUUGAGGGGGAGUUCACCAUCAAUAAAGUACCAGGGAACUUCCACGUCUCCACGCACAGCGCCACGGCGCAGCCCCAGAACCCCGACAUGACCCACACCAUCCACAAGCUGGCGUUUGGGGAAAAGCUCCAGGUGAAGAAGGUUCAAGGAGCCUUCAACGCUUUGGGAGGGGCCGACCGGCUGGCGUCCAAUCCUCUGGCCUCUCAUGACUACAUACUGAAGAUAGUUCCAACAGUGUACGAAGACCUGUCAGGACGACAGCGCUUUUCCUACCAGUACACGGUAGCCAACAAGGAAUAUGUGGCCUACAGCCACACAGGCCGGAUCAUCCCAGCCAUCUGGUUCCGAUAUGACCUCAGUCCAAUCACGGUCAAGUACACGGAGCGGAGGCAGCCCCUCUACCGCUUCAUCACAACAAUCUGCGCCAUCGUCGGAGGAACGUUCACAGUCGCAGGAAUCAUCGACUCCUGUAUAUUCACCGCUUCAGAGGCCUGGAAGAAGAUCCAGAUCGGAAAAAUGUCUUGAGGAUCGCCCCCCUCCCCCCGUUCCCUUCACACACCUUACUCUUGAUUUAUUUAUAAGUGCUCGUUUCUAGCCUGUUAGCUAAAUCCCGUCCUCAACCAGCUCUCUCACCGUGACCCUUGAAGCGGCUCCGGCUCUGGAUCUAGCUACCAGGCUGCGUUCCCAGCGCUCCCCUUGGGCUCCAUCUGCUGAUGCGCAGACUAUCACAUGUCCGCUUCCUGCGUCUCUGGUGUCCAGAGGGGAAGGAAGGUCUUUUGUUACAGUAGGGAUGAAGUACUGUGUCAUUGGGUUCAACCAGUGAGGGUAUUUGGAGGCUGCAGCUGAUAAUUUUAGACUGAAGGAAGAGGAAAGUGCGAGAUUUGUGCAGGUAUUUGAGAUUUUAUAUGGGAUCAAAAAUGUACAUGACGCAAUUCUGUCCACACUCUUUUUUUACAACCAUUUCGCCAUGACUGAACGAUUUACAGACUGAAAGGAAUGAAAUCCCACGGAGUAGUUUCUGAUGUCACUGUUGACUUGUUGAAAUGUUGACUUUUUGUAAACCCGUGCUUUGGUAUUGGCUGGACGUGACACUAUCUGUAAUAGUCAUUUUGUAUUAUGUAACGUGUUGAUCCAGUCUGCGGGACCAGUGUUGAAACCGUGUCCCACCUCGCAGGAUAACCUCCAUUCUGUGUUCAUUUCUGUGCCUGGGACUGAAACCAGGAUUUCUAUUUUUUCUUACGUUACUUUGUAGAUGAAGCGGCCCUGGUUUUUACUCUUCACUCCAUUUCAGUACAAAUAAACACAAAACCAAGGGAUGAA